CUCACUUUGCUCCUGCACCUGGUCAACUCAAAGCUCUACCUUGUGAAGGGCAGGUUUCUCUUAACUCCAUCCAGAGUCUCACCAAAAGACACCGAACAGCUGGCAGAGACCGUACUCCUCAAGCCAACAGACUAUGCAGGGAAACAGGAAGUGCACAGAUGGGUUCAGUGACACCUCCAGUAUUGGCAGCGUGCUGGACGAUGCAGACAGGGAGGUGAGCAACCUCACAGACCGGGCAUUCCGGAGUUUGUGCAUCUCAGAGGACACUUCCUUCCAUGACUCUGACCUGGCUCUGUCCCCAGAUGUCACCAACCAGGGGUUUGGGACUUUUCACCAAGAAACAGUGAGCCACAGCAACAGAAAAAGUGGGAUUUGGAGCCAGCUUCCUUCGCAAGGCACAGAGCAUUCUGGCUGGGCAGCCACCUUCCAACAGCAACCAAAAUAUGUUCAAGGGGAGGAAAAGUACCCCAAAAACAGUCCCCCGACCACACCAGCCCAGAGGAGACUGGAGGUGCCCAUUUCAGGCCUGAGAAGCAGCAGCAAGCCCAUCUCCAAGGUCUCAUCAUUAAUUAGGUCUUUUGACAGGACAGAGAAUCAACCUUGUGACAGCCGACCUCCUCCCAGCAAACCUCCAGCUCUCAAAAAUCCCCCCAAGUUUGCACCUCCCCCAGAAGGUGGUGUCAACUUCUGCUUCGAUUCUGCCUUUUUGACUGUGAGGAGGGUACCUGCUGAAGUCUCCAGCACCCAUCAGAGCAGCCACCAGCCUAGCAGGAUCCCUGGAGAGCAAGAAUCUCCCAAGAACCCAGAAGCAGCCUGCCACAGCUCAGACAGCCUCCUCAGGACACCUGACCAUGUGGCUGACUCAUUUGAGCCAAAGUUCCCCUCUCCACCUCUCAAGCCAGCCAAAGCUGAGCCAGGAAGAGGCAAGGAAUGGGUUCCCAGAAGGACUUUUCUGCACAGUGAAAAUAGUGCUUUUGAGUCAUGGAAUAGCCACCAACCAAAGCUCCCAGAGAGAAAGGAUACUGCAGAAACAAUCCCAGAAAGCAAAGCUCCCAAACAUUAUGAGGACACGCCCUUGUUAAAGGAGCCCCACCCUCCUGAGUCCAAAGCCUCCCCUUGCCAAGCCCAGGCUAACUGCACUCAGGGAGAGACUGGAUCAGCAUCAGGGCCUCAGUCCACAUCUGGAGCCUGGGGGGCCAGGGAUCCAGGAUCCCAGGCAUUCCCUGUAGAGGGAAAGGCUUCACAGAUUGACCCUCAGAUGAAGCGGAGCCAGCCCCCAUGGAGGAAGCCAAAGAUUGGCAAAGGAGGAACAGAUGGUCCACAUGAUGCUUUGGAAGACAAGAAACAGUCCAAUAGGAAAAGCCUACCACCUCUGUAUUCAAAGCUCAACCCUCAGGGUCAACUUCCCGAAAAUGGUGUUCCGGAUAUGCCAGAGGAUCCCAAUGACCAUUACAGCCCCCCUUUUAACAUCAGUCAGCUCCUCACCCCAAUUAUACCCACCAAGCAUGUCCUGGAAUCCUCAGACACCCAGCCAGCAGAGAUCAACCCAUCCUCUCCAGAACAGCUAAAUGGGUACCAGGAGAAGGAGCCCAGUGAGUCUCAGUCUCGGGAUAGCUACAAAUCCAAAGCACCCAGCCUGCUCUUCAACCUCAAGGAUGUUAGGAAGCGUGUCAAGAGUACAUACAGUCCCUUGCCUCUCUUAAAAAGCUUUGAUGAGAAAACCAGAGGUAAGCUUGAUAGUGAACAAGAGCCUUUGAGCAAUGGGGUCAUCCUUCCCAAUGGGCAGGAAGAGAACCCUCCCACAGAGCUUUUGGAGGAGAUGCCAGCUAGCAUUUUGCACAGCAGUACCCAGAAGGAUCCUGCUGUUAACUCCUCUGAGUCCUUUGCUGACAGCCACCUGGGCGUUGGCUCACCUUCAACUGGCUCCAGAACCCAUUUCUGCGCCAAUGGGGAGGUGACAGAGGGGAACGGUAGUGAGAAGGGAGAUGCUGAUGGGACAUCAGAGCAGGGUCCCUCUGAGCAAAGCUGGCACCCAGACUCCAGGGGACACCUUCCCCGGAAACACCUCUCCUUGAAACUCUACAGCAGUGAGUCUGAAGCAGGGCAGGCUACAGAGAAAAUUAAGCCCCAGCAGCUGGAGAACGGGCUCUCGAGGUCCAUCUCUCAAGAGACAGAGCCUGAGCAAGAAACGGGGCUCCGGAACCUACCCUUGAACCGGAAGUACUCCCCAGGGCCCCUUUCUCCUGAGGAGGAGGAUGUUUUUUACAGCGACUGCCAAUCUGAUUUUACUCCGGGCCUCCAAACUAAGGUUAAAUUCAGCACCAGCUCUUCGGAUCAAUCCUUUGCUUCUUUUGAUGACCAGCAGAAGAUGUGCUUCACGGAAGGCCCCUGGGACGACAGAAAGAAUCAUGGGAGUGCAGGUGACAAGGAAAAGGACGAGAAGGAGACCGUGGUGGAGAAAAAUGAGCCACAGCAAUGUGCCGUAAGUAAUGGACAGAGAGGCGCGGAAGCGCACAGACAGGAAGAAGCGCAGAGAAAAGCGCAAGGUUGGUCGAGAGGGACACCCGGGAAGGAAUCAGUGGAGGAAGUCAGUUUCAGAGGUUCUUGGGCGGGGGCUGAUAAGGAGAUGGCUCUGCCACAUGCCAAGGACUCAACUCCCUUGCCGGCUUCUACCAACAAGCACAGACUGUUCCCAAUUAAAGACAACACACUCAGGGCCACCCCGGUGAUAAAACCUAUCAUCCUGCCUCUCCUGAGGACAGUGUCCUCAGAGGACUCACUUAGUGGUGGACACAAAGAGAAUGAAUUACCAAGGCAACGGUGGGGCGAGGAUGCUGGCGGCCUCUGUGCCUCAGAAAGUCAGGAAAUGUGUAACACCGCCCAGUCCAGUAACAUGCAGGGCCCACCGUGUGCAGUGUGUGAGAGCCUGGAAGAGGAUCCAGCGCACCCUGCAGCCCAGGCUGAAGCUUCUCAGCACGCCAGGAAGGGAAGUUUCUCUUUUCUACCACUGGUGGAAGAAGAGAGCAAGAUGAAGCCGCCACCCCCAGAUACAACAAGAGAAGCGCCAGCGCGUGGUAAGGGCAGACCUGCAGACUCAGGGAAGCUAACUGCCCCACAGCAUAUCCCCACCAUUGCUUUACCCACAGAUAGCUUAGAAGACCCGCCCCCGUCCCUGCCACUCCACACCUGCUGGGAAGAACAAGGUUUCCAAAGCCACUUUCUGUCUGCACCCAGAGCAGGACCUUCAGGAAGGAGGCUGGUCCCCAGUGAGGUAGAGACUUCUCCCAACCCCAGCUCUCUAGGCGAGAGCAGCACGUGUUCUCCUGUGGCCAGCAAUGUUUGGGAAGAAACUCCCCAGGCUGCUGGGGAACAGUGGCUGCACCAAGAGUUUCAGGGCCCCAGCCCCUGGACCACACCAGGCCCGGCUAGGCUUACCCGGAGGGAGGACAUGACACACGGCCUCACAUGGGAUGCUGAAGGCUCUGAUCCCCAACUCGAGCGGUUGGCAGAUCUCAGGACCCUCUCUCCGAGAAGUGCCUUGAUGGCAGACGCUGCUGAGAAACCCGAGCCCCCUGCUCUGCUGGAGAGGGCAGCGGGCAAGCCUCCUGCAGUCCCGCCCAAGACGGAGAAGGCCCUAAGGCGGGCGAAGAAGCUGGCAAGCAAGAGGAGGAAGAACGAUCAAGCGCCAGAGAAACACAUCGAGGCCUGGGAGGGCAAGUCCUUCACAGAGGAUGCGCAGGGGACAGAGAGAAGGCCAUUGUCUCCAGAAAAAGGUCCUCAACCCAGAUUCCCUGCAGUCCGCUCCCUGCCCCCACCCACGCACCGCCACUCGGUGUCCUGCGGCUGGGAGCCCACGGGAAGGCGGCCUUGGGGGCCCCAGCCCCUCAUGCCCCUGCCCCCUUACCCCGCCACCCAGAAGGUGCUCCAGGAUCCUCAGUCGGGACAAUACUUUGUCUUCGAUGUGCCUCUCCAAGUGAAAAUUAAGACUUUCUAUGACCCCGAGACUGGCAAGUAUGUCAAGGUCUCCGUCCCAUCCUCUGAGGAAGCCUCCUCCGAGCCACCUCUGCAGGAUGCCCUGGCUGCUCCUUACCUCCUGUACCCAGGCUUCCAGCCAGUGCCUGUAACCUCCUUGAUGCCUCUGCGCUGCUCCUCUCAGCUAGCGGCUCCCACCUUUCUCAGACAGGGUUCUGGCCACAGACCCCAGAGCUCUCAGGGCGCGAGGCUGCAGCCUCCUCCCACUGAACAUCUGAGUGAGUUCACCCAACAUGCCUCUGCUCAGAGGCCCCGUGAUCCUCCCCAUGGUCCAGAGGAAGAGGGUGCAGAAGCUCCAAACCUUAGCAUCAUCUCCACUGAUGACCUAGAGGACUUUGCCACCGAGGGUGUUUCUUGAGAAUUACAGCAGAUUGCCUCCCAGCUCCCCCAAAACCAGAAAAGCUUACAGUCACAGGAUCUCUCCAACAAGGCCUCUAUUUACCUACCUUCCUACCUACCUACCUACCUAUCUCUGUCUACACACACACACACACACACAAACUUCAACUCAUACUUAGCCAUUUGAGAUCCCUAUAGUCCAAAAAGAAGUGGCAAUCCCUGUGGGCUCCCUAUGGGCGCUAUUCAUUCCCCUCUUCCCCUAGCCAUCCCCCUACCCUUCUCUGAUCCCGUAGUGGGGUGGAUAUAGCAAGGGAUAUCAGCCAUCCUGAGAGUUUCUGGGUUCGGGGCACUCCACAUUCUCCUUCUCAGGGGUGGGCUUCCUCAGCAAGGCUCCCAGAAAUGCUGAGCCCCACAUUGGGUGGGAAGCACUCCACCAGGUGGA